CGGACGGGCCGGUCAGCUGGGCAAUGUUGACCUGACGCUGCUGAUGGCUCUGCUGUACAACAUCAGCGUCUCCCGGGUGCUAAAACGACAAGGCGCCGAGACGCUGCUACGUCAGCUGCCGCUGCUGGCGGACGCGGAGCUGGCGCCGCAGCUGCACGCCCGGCUGGCCGAGGGCGAGGCGCGCCUGGAGCCGGAGAGACCGGCGCACGAGGAGCCCUGGCAGACGCCCGGUCUGCGCACCGUGCUCCAGUUCGCCUGGGCCAUGACGCUCAGCUCGCUCCGGCCUCUCGACUACGCCUGCAGAGGUUCUGGGAAUGGAGAGCUGGCCAGGAUCAUCGAGAAGGACGAGAUCCUGGCAGACAUGGCCAUCAAGGACGGGGCUUUCCUCCACAUGCGGGAGAAGAUGCUGGCCAAUGAGAUGUUUCACACAGAGGAAUUUUUCGUGCGGCACCUGCACGACCUGAUGUCGGAGCUGAUGGACGCGAUGCCGCUCAAGCUGAAAGAUCUGCGCAACCGCGCCGACGAGGCGGCGCACACCAUCCAGAUGCACCAGCAGGAGGGUCUGGAGCCGCCCGAAAACCUGCCGCGGCAUUUUGAGCAGCUGCUCCGGCUGCUGACGGCUCUGUACGAGCGGGACCCGCUCGGCCUAGGGCUGUCGCGCGGGUACUGGGUCACCGAGGCGGCCAACCACAGACAGCCGUCGCUGCACAAGUUCGUGCGGCUGGCCGGUGACCUGCUGCCGCCGCCGCUGUUCGUGCCGUACGUGGAGCUGCUGGCGGCGCUGGCGUCUAGCCCGGCCACGGCGCCGCACUGCUUCAGCCUGCUGACGGCGGCCGGCACGCCGCCGCCGCUCAAUCUGGCACACUUCUUCAGCUCGCUCCACCAGUACUACAACAGCCUCAUGCGCGAGGCCCCGUCCAUGUCGCGAGUGGAGACCUACGCCAGCGCGACACCCGCCUCCAAAGGCUUGACGGCGCGGCAGCUCAAGGACAUGGUAGCCAUGCUGCGCCUGGUGGCUGUCAUCGCAGGCCGGAUCUGUAAGCUGUGCGGCGUGAUGCAGCAGUCUGGCGUGGCGCACUCGGGCCACUUCACGGCCCACUGA